ACCAUCCUCAAAGUCGUACAGCAGAUUGCCGAUCAUGUUGCAGAGAACGGAGACCUCCACAGUAUGAUGUUGACAUCGCGCAUGUGCUUUGAUACCGCAGCGCCGCUCAUAUGGAGAAGACUUGCCUACGAAGAAGUAGACGCACUGCUGAAGAUUCUGUUUGUGGACUGGGAGAAUAAUGGCACUAGGAUAGUACCAUUAAGCUUGGAACGAUUUACUCUCUAUGCGGCAUUCGCGCGAUCCAUUGAGAUUAGCGACAUCUUCGCUUACUGGUAUGAAGAUCAAAGCAGGAUUAAAUUCGACUUCCCAGGGCACCUUAGGACUGCCUUCGAUCACUUAUCGUCUAAUACGGAGCACUGGUUUCCGAACUUACAGUUCCUUUCACUCUUCUGGGCAGAGUGUUUGGAGACACUCCUUGUAACUACCCAAUUCAUCGUCCCAUCCCUACGGAAGAUUGAAUUGCACACUGUUCGUCCCAAAAACUUUGAAGGCAGUCAAACCUGGCCCCUCGCAGUGGAUGGACUAUUGCGCCGAAUCGGCGGCACAGUGCACCAUCUUGGCUCGCUGUCGUUCUGGGAAUCCACCGAUGACCGAUGCGGCGAACGCGCUUUGGCCAUUUUAAUUCCAACGAAUCCUCUUACGCAACUAUCCAUAUCUCCUGCUAUGUUAUCUCGAUCGGUGGUGAAGACAGCAAUCGGCAGCAGUGAUUUGAAGAGCCUGGAAUUGUUCAGCUUCCGCCCUGCUCGUGUAGAACCACCUCUAUCAAGCUUUCUGAGUGUCAACACACUCCAAAGCCUUGUUAUUACCGCGGUCCCGUCCAUUGUCCUCAAAUUGCUCCGAUUUCUCGUCGCUGACCUUCAUCACAUUACAAUCUCGAUGAAAACCCUGCACGUGCAUCCCAUAGAAAGUGCCCACUAUCAACAGCUCGGCCGCUUGGUAGCGGAUCGUUUUCCACACGUGGAAGAAUUGAUUUUGAUUUUCAGUCAGCUCUACCGUGACGAGCCACUACUCCUGGAUUACUUGGAGCCUCUGAACCGUUGUUCUUCUCUGGCUUUAUUCUCUCUCUAUCAUGGUGGCAUCCUGGACGUGCCAGAUGGGAAGCUCGACGCAAUGGCGACGGGAUGGCCAUUGUUGCGCGAGUUCUCCUUGACCUGCCUGCACGACAAGAUCUCUUCCUUCAUUUUUGGGAAGGAAGCCGGAAUGUCACCAAUAUUGAAGGACCGGCCAUUUUCCUCUCGCUUCUAUGGCCGCGACUGA